CUACUACGAUUUGAUAGCCUAGUAGUUGACAUUAAAUGUCGCGAAGCAUCAUUGUCUUCGUCUCCUCCAGUUUCCAGGGUCAGUGAAUGGCCAUAGUCAUACAGUUCCAGAUCUAUCUGGUUUAGCUAAAUGUAGCAAUAAUAGAAGUCAGGAGACACAAUAUUGACAUUCUGCACGCAAUGUACAGUUAUUUCCGUACGAAGGUUUGAAACGGAGUGUUCCUUCAGCCAAUGAGCUCCCGGUGUGUUCUACUGCUUCUGUUUUGACUGGCUAACCAGCGAGUUUUCUGUCAGCUACUUAAUAUUAAAAGUUACAUAUGGCCAAUCCACGCCGAGUAUUUUCUGAAGAGGCGUAAAGCUCAUGAAUAAGAAAACAUUGCUCGCAGUAGGCUAUGACUGUCGGGAUCUGUGGUGUUUGUUUUGACAACGUUUUAAUUUGUGAAACGGGUUUCAAAGCAACAGACUGAAACACUGCUUUGACUUCAUUUAUCCAGGGAUAUUGCUAACAGUGCCUGCUUAACUACACUCAAGGCGCCUCUGCAGCCUAGGUCCACAGAAAUCGUUUCCUAUUGUUUUGAAGAAGAUUAUGGACAUUCCCCCACCUAAUAUUCUCGAAGGCGACGAUGAAAUAGAGAAGAAGAAGUUGUGCUCUGCCGAUAAUGGCGAGGCCGGUGUUGGAGGGGCCAGUGGUGGGACUGGAGGUACAGGCAUUGGAGGGGUGUCCGCCUCCCUUACCCCUGCCAUCUGGGAGAAGACCAUCCCCUAUGACGGGGAGACCUUCCACUUGGAGUACAUGGACCUGGAUGAGUUCCUGCAGGAGAAUGGCAUCCCAGUCACCCUAGAGGAGGAGCUGCAGAAGAGCCUGGCCCAGGAGGAAACCAAGGGGACAAGACCCCCUUUCACCACCCCUGACACAGAGACCGUCACACUCACCUUAGAGCCAGCUGAACAAGAGAAGGAAGAAGAAGAUGGGGACGAUGAAGAUGCUGUGUCUGGGUUUGAAGCAACGGAGGUUGAAGUGUCUAAAAAUAAAAAAGAGGGGAAGUCUGCAGACCGACUCACAUCCACUCCCAUCGACCCGGAGGACAUUGAGGUGGACAUCAACUUCCAGCCGGACCCCACAGAUCUGGUGCUGUCCAGCGUGCCUGGGGGUGAGCUGUUCAACCCACGGAAACACAAGUUCUCUGACGAGGACCUCAAACCACAGCCCAUGAUCAAGAAGGCCAAAAAGGUCUUUGUGCCCACUGAGCAGAAGGAUGAUAAAUACUGGUCGAAGAGGAAGAAGAACAACGUGGCAGCCAAACGUUCACGUGACGCCCGGCGGCUGAAGGAGAACCAGAUCACAGUGCGUGCUUCGUUUCUGGAGAGGGAAAAUGCGGCGUUACGGCAACAAGUGGCUGAGUUGCGCAAGGACUGUGGUCGCUGCAAGAACAUCAUGUCCCGAUAUGAAGCCAAAUACGGACAAUUGUAAGGGACAAACUUUAUCUUUCAAGAAAAGAACCGAAAAAUAAAAACACCCCCAAAACGCAGACACAAAGAGAAUCUGAAUUGCACUCCUUUCAUGGUGAACACUGGUCACUGCGUCAAGUUCUAGAUCCUUUCCAACACGACAGUGGAGGCAUGGAUACACACUGUCAGUGAGCCCGGCAGCAACAUGGCGAGAGGUGGACAUGAAGGGUUGUGGAGAGCGACUGGCUCCUACACAUACAGGGACUCAAUUACAGACAUAACAUGUAUAUUGUCUACUGCUAGUCAGGUCUUAUCACUGGCCAGAGGAGUCAGAGAAAGCUGGUGGAGAAAAGCAGGCUUGUGAAAAGAAGCGCUUAAAAGUUACACACACAUUUAUACAGCGUAUUAAUGGUUUGUUUUGUGGACCAAAGCAUGAACAUCAUCAGUGAUGAGUAGUGAAUAUUGAAAGUUGUCCCCCUGCCCUCUUCCCACUGUUUGCAGUAACUGACUGUCUCUCUCCUCUGUUUCAAGUACUUGUGCAGAGGCUCUGAAGAAGGACAUGUGAACUCUUGAUUUAUUCAUAAUUGGGUAGGGGAGAAAACAAUGAAUAACAAAACGGACAGAUUGAGGAUGGCAGCUUUGUGAUCGUACACAGAGGAAAUAAUUGAUAUUGGUCAGACAAAGGGGCGAGAUAGUUGUGUUUUCUUGUCACAGCUUUUCUAUGUCUGUCUUUGUUUGUACCACACACUAAGGUGUGUGUGUGUGUGGAGAGAAUUCUUUGUAGAUAGUUUUCUCCCUGCACCACAGAUUGUGUUACCCCUGUUUUGCACUUAACCCUUCCAAAGCAACACCUUGUGGGUGAAGAUUAGAUAUAGGGCUGGGCGGGUACUUUUUUCCUAUUACGACAUGAUUUAAGCAAUUGUUUAUACAAAAACUAACUCUGCUUCUAAUAUCUUUCCCCCCAAAAAACAGUAUUUUUGGUGGAAAGAGGCAUUUUAAAAAGUAGUAUGGCAAGGACUGUCUUUCCUCAGUAUGUUUAUUGCUCAUAGGUCAGGCAUUUAUAAGGGCCCUCACUGGUGGAGGGGUAUUUAAUAUGUAUGUUGGUUUAUGUCAUUGCUCACUGCAAGUAGAGGGCACUAUAUUUGUGCCUCUUGUAGUUUGUCUGGGAUUAAGAGUCAGUUAUUUUGUCAAUACCUGUGUCUUUUUAUCUUAAUUUACUGCUAUUCCUUAUGUUUGUUGAAUAGCUAUUAUGAUCAAUGCUGUAUUUAUUCUAACAAUGCAUCUUGAUUGAUGUGCAACAAUCUGUCAGAUUUAUAUUUCUUUAGAGGAAAGAAAACAAUGAACCAAUGAUUAAGCAGGGAUCUCAAUGGACAAACUGUGGUUUUUGGUUUAUUUAUUUUUAACCGGUUUUCAACCAGAAUUUUACAGAAAUAUAUUUUUUUUCUAAAGACAAUUUCCUAUUUACCUCAUCCAACACUUCCAUUGUUUAAUGCUCCUAUCUUAUUGGAUACCAAUAAUUUUGAAGGGUUGGGGUGCCUAUGACAAUGUUGACAGGAAUUGUGAGCACAAGAACGGUGGUUUUGGUUAAGUCUGAUAAAAAAUGAUAGGUCAAGGUACAGAGUCGACGCAGAGUUCUGUUUGUCAAAGUGGCUGUGCCUCAAUUGUUGCAAAUACUACAGUGCAGACUGUUAAGUAAAGGGACUCAAUCUCUUAAGUGUCUGAUGAGUUUGUGUUCCUGUGCUGAUCUUCAUUAUGAUGCAUAUUAGAAUCAUACAUGUGGCAAUAAUAUUAAUUUUACUCUGCUUUGUUUCUGUAAAAUAACUAUGAUAGACAAAAUGUUGAAAUGGUGCAAAGUCAUGUGUGCUUCCAAUUAAGUUUCCCAGUAAUCCUGCUGCACGAAAAUGUGUUAAUGGUGUAAUGUUUGCAUCUGUUUUACACUAAGUAUAUGUACUUAUGUCUGUAAAUUAAAGGAUCAAAACAAAUAUUUA